AUGUCGACGUUAUUAUUUGAAGCUUGUGAAAAAAGUGAUAGUAAUCAAGUAGAGUUUCUAAUCGAUGCAAAAUAUAAUAUCAAUCAAUUAGAUAAACAAGGUCGUUCAGCACUUCAUUAUUGUUGUAAUAGUACAAUUACAGAUUGUGCUUACCUUUUAUUAAAAGAUGAUUUAAUAAAAAAUACUAUUCUUAAUUUACAAGAUAAUGAAGGUUGUUCAGCACUUCAUUUAGCUUGUAUGAAUGGCAAUGAAAUUAUGGUGAAAUUUUUAUGUGAACAAGGUGCAGAUGUUAAGUUACUUGACAAUAAAUCUCGUUCUGUUAUUCAUUGGAUAACAGUCUGUGGAUAUGUUCAUCUUUUUAAUAUUUUGAUUAAAUAUAAAGCACCUAUACAUAUACCUGAUAUUCAUGGUGCUUUUCCUAUUCAUUAUGCAUCACAAUUAGGUGGUAAUAUUUCGGUAAAUAAAGAUUUUAAAAUUGAUUCAGGCAAAGGUUUGGCUAUUUUACAAAAAAUUAUUGAUUAUAGAGUAGACAUUGAUUGUGUUGAUGAACAACAACGAACACCGUUUAUGUGGGCUGCUAGUGCAGGUACAAUUGAUCAAUUACGUUUAUUAUAUAAAUAUGGUGCCAAUCAAUUACAUGUUGAUAAAAAUUCUCUGACUGCACUUCAUUGUGCAGCAAAUCAUGGUCAUGUUUCUUGUAUUCAUAUGUUAGUCGAACAUUGUAAAUGUCCAAUAGAAGAUUAUUUAGGUGAAGAUAUUAAUGGUUGUACAGCUUUAUUUUAUACUAUUAUGUAUAAUCAUUCAAAUGCAUGUAAAUUAUUACUUGAUUUAAAAUCAAAUCCUAAUCAUAAAGAUAAACGUGGUCGAACUCCAAGUCAUUAUGCAAUAUGUAAUGGAAAUCUUGAUUGUUUAAAAUAUUUAAUUAAAUCUAAUGCUAAUAUAUGGAUAAAAAAUAAACGUGGUGAUUAUCCAAUACAUGAAGUAAUAAAUAUUCUUUCACUUAAAAAAGUUCAUAAUCAAACAAUUGAAUAUUCAAAAAUUUUCGCUGUUAUUCGAUAUAUUUUUCUAAUAUAUCCAAAGAAGAUUAAUAUUCAAAAUGAUGAACAUCGAACUCCUCUUCAUUUAGCAGCUAGUUUAGGUGAUAUUGAUACAUGUCAAAUUUUAAUUGAAUGUGGAGCAAGAAUUAAUUCGUUUAUGCGAAAUUCAUCUGGUGAUUAUUUAACUCCGUAUGACCUUGCUCGUAAUUGUCAUCAAAAUGUAUGUGCUCAAUAUCUUCUUUAUAAACAUGGAGGUCAAUGUGGUAAUUUACUUGCUAACAUUUUUGUUCGACGUAUUCAAAAGUAUUAUCAUCAAUAUAAAUUACAAAAAGAUGCAUUAAUUACUAAACAGAAAAAUUCUGAUUAUAAAAUAAAAAAUGAUUCAUUGAAGAAACCAAUUAAUUAUUCAUUAAAUUUAUCAACAAAUUUAAAACCGAAUUUAUCAAAACAAACAAAAACACAUUUAGAUAAUAAAAAUUUGCCUAAUUGUCCAAGAUCUCAUUCAUUAAGUCUUCAAUCAUCAGUGACAAAUACUUCUAAAUCAAAUGAAAAUCAUGUACAAGAACGUCGUCGUAAUUUUGCUAAAUCAAAAACAACAAAAACUUCAAUAAAUCAGAGUGAUGAUUCAAAAUUGGAUUCAUCUAAUAAAAUUAUAAUACAUACAUCACAUUCAACUACAACAUAUACGAAAUUAUGUGAUCGACGUAAAAUAAUUGUCGAAGAAUUACAUAAAUUAAAACAAGCACGAACACAUAAUAAUUAUAUAGUUAUUAAUCGAUCAUUAUAUAAAAUUUUAAUUGAAAAUGCUUAUAAUCCACAAAAUCGAUCUAUUGAUGAAAUUGAAAAAUAUCUUGAAACAUUAGUCACAUCUUAUGAUACAGAAUUAGAAGUUAUGAGAAAACGUACUAGUAGUUUACCACCCAAACAAAAUCGUCGUACUUCAAUUAUGUUUUAA